ACCCAGAAAGCAGCGCGAGAGGAGUGUGCGCGAAUCAACCAAUCAGGGCGCAGAGGCUGAAGUGAACGGGCAAUGAGCAGUGUGUUGUUUCUGCCAGGCUGGAGACUUCAGGCUCCAGCCCAAUGAGGAACAGCAAUGCCACGAAAGAAAGCCAGUCGCGGGGUGACUUUUAAUCUGGGGACUGGGAGUGAUAAAAAGGUCACAAAGCGGAAGAAGAAACCUUUGGGUGAUCAGGAGCAAAGUGGCAGCAAAAAACAACGUCGUGAAAGCGGGGAGAGCAAAACUGUUAGCGUGCCAAAAGAGAAAGUUCAAAAGCCGAUCUCACCAGAUACAGUGGAGUACAUUGAGAAUUUGAUGAAUGUUGCUGAGCUGUCAGUCUUCAGCACAAAAAGAAUUGUUGAUUUUGAAAAUGUCCAAGCUGAACUCGCUGGUCUUAAGAAAAGGCUGCUGCAGCGCUAUAAGAAACUGAAAUUUCCAUCCGGCCAAAUGGGAAACCUGAAGAAAUUAAGAAAAGACUUGGCAGAAGAAAAGCGCAAGUUGGAACAUAACCAGGAGAUGUUGGAGUCCCUAAACAAUGAAGUUGAAAAGGCCGUGGAGGAAUCCUAUGCCAUAGAAGAGUCUACAAAGACCUUAGAAGAGAAGCUUGAGUCCUUAACACAGCAAGCAGCAGAAGAUGCUCGAACCCUGGGCAAUGUCACAAAUUCCGACUCCUUGCAGCUUCCAAAAGCUACUUUUAUGGCUGUCCCAUUCCAAGAAAAAGUGAAAAAACUGAAGAACCCCAAGGCUGUUUUAAAAGAUCUUGUCCUGAUGGAAGAAAAUCCAGCCUACAGAGGCAUGCGUAAACUGAUUGAGAAGUCUUUCAAUGAAAUUUCUAAUUCCAAAUUCUAGUUGUGUUUGUUUGUUUUUUACUUUUAAUUUAUACAAUAAAUGUUUUUACAUGCAA